AUGAGCGGCAGACAACAGCGUGUGAUGGUUCCACCCAUCAACUUGAUCUUCAAGUUCUUGCAGCAGAGAACAACAGUACAGAUCUGGCUCUACGAACAGACCGAGACUCGCAUGGAGGGACAGAUUAGGGGUUUCGACGAGUUCAUGAACAUUGUCGUCGACGACGCCGCGGAGGUUAACCAGAAGACCAAUGCGCGAAGAGAGCUUGGACGGAUAUUGUUGAAGGGUGAUAACAUUACUCUUAUUCGACCAUUGAAUGUGCAGUGA